AUGGGUAGGGUGGAUAAGGCGGAUUGGAUUUCGAGUAUUAGAGUGGCAAAUGAGAUUGGUUUUGUUAUGUUCCAAGAGUCCCAGUUGGAGUCGAUGCUAAAUGUCAACUUAGAUAGGUUUUGGGGUAGAGGAGAUUUUGAUGUGGAUUGGGUGGACGCCACGGGUAGAUCGGGGGGGAUCGUUUCUAUGUGGGAUAAGAAAGUGUUUCACAAACUUUCGGUCCAUAAGCAUCGAAAUGUUCUUGUUGUUCAUGGUUUUCUCAAAAAUAGUGGAGUCAAAGUAGGGAUGGUGAACGUCUAUGCUCCGCAAAAGAUUGAAGACAAGAGGGUAGUGUGGUUGGAGUUGGAUCGGAUUCUUCAACAGGACUCGUCUUAUUGGAUUGUUGGUGGAGACUUUAAUUGUGUUCGUGAUAGAAGCGAAAGGAAGAGUUCUAAGUUUAAUGCAGCGUCUACUAACGAGUUUAAUGAGUUUUUAGAUGGGGCGGACUUGCAUGAGUAUGGGUUAAGAGGCCGAAAGUUUACUUUCGUUUCGGGCAACAAAUGUAGCAGGAUUGAUAGGAUCUUUGUGUCCUUGAAUUUUCUUAAUAAGUGGCCUAAUGCGGAGUACCGAGCUUUGGCGAGGGGCAAGUCGGAUCAUAGCCCUUUGGUUCUUAAGGUCGAGUAUAGGAACUAUGGUCCAAAACCGUUCAAGUUUUUUAACUCUUGGUUAGAUCGUGAUGGGUUUGAGGAGGUGGUCAGUAAUGCCGCUAAUCGGUUUUCUGAAGAUUCCGUCCCGGAUAUUUUUUUGCUUCACAAGCUGAAAUAUAUUCGGGGUGCUAUUUUGAAAUGGAAGUCUAGAUACUUGAAAGUGGAGGAGGAGGAGCUUCACGGCAUUCAAGUGGAGUUGGAGGAGUUGGACAAAGAGGUGGAGAAUCGUGACUUAACGGAGGAUGAACAGUGGACCCUUUGCGAAGGGAAUAAGAGAUUAAGAGAGAUUGAAGUUUUUAAACAAAAGGAUUUGAGACAAAAGGCGAGGGUGAAGUGGGCUAGGGAUGGUGACGAGAACUCUAGUUUUUUCCAUGGGGUGGUGAAUAAAAGGAGGGUCUCGAAUUGUAUUCCAGGGGUUAUGGCUAACGGGGUUUGGAUAUCCAAACCCACUUUAGUUAAACGUGAAGUUUUUUCAUUCUUCAGGAACAAGUUUGUAGAAGACAUGGUCGAAAGGCCAAAGCUGGUUUGCGAAGACUUGAAGACUAUUUCGGAAGCCGAAGCUGAUUAUCUUGUUGGUUCGUUUACGAAAAAAGAAGUCAAAGAGGCAGUAUUCGAAUGUGGUAGUGACAAAGCUCCGGGCCCAGAUGGGUUCAAUUUUCGGUUCAUUAAAAGGUUGGAAUUUAUUUGA